UUCCACAGAGGUCAUCGGAGGUUGAAGCGUGGUAGAUCUGAGUCACUCUGUAUACACGCUCUCUCCCACGCAGAGACAAUCAGACGCUCGCGAGACCUUUAGUCUUUUUCCCCCUUGACACGCGAGACACGCGCGUCAUGCACUUACGCACGCAACGCAUACACAGCAGACAGAGAAAGAGAGAGAGAGACCCUUUGAUGAACGAGAGUCGACACGCGAAGAGCUCUUGGACUAAUGACAAUGAUUUGGAAGAUGGAGAAAUUCCAUCAGACGAGGACGACGAGGCAGUCGUUCCUGCAGCAAAUGAUGCAGCAGAGACUGCUAAACCAACUCUUAAAUCAGAUUCUGCAAAAAAUAAAAAUUUUGAUGCAAAGUUUAACAAGAAUAAAAAACAACAGUCUACACAGGCGACUGGUAAACAUUAUUUAAGGUACAAAAGUCCAACUGAAGAUUGGGCUGGAGAUGUUCAGAAAGCUAUCAAGGCUGCAAUGGAAGAGGAUGGAGGGAAAAAUCAGGAAUCCAAAACAAAGAACAAGAAUAACAGGAAUAAAGCUCGGAAAAGAAAUCGUGAUGAGAAAGAAGAUGAUCGUAAUAAGGAUCAAAAGAAACGAAAAUUGAGCGAUGAUGAAAACACCAACGAAGAUGAAGACGAAAUGCUUUUCGUGCGAGGAGCUUCCCCUACUAGAAAGGAUUCUCAAGAAAAUAAUAAUUCUCCUAAACGUACAAGCGAGCACGAAAAUCUUGACAGCAAUUCGGAUUAUGAGGAAAGACCUAAUAUAAAUCGACAUAGAGAAAAUGAGAGUAAACGCGGCACUGGACGUGGAGGAGGGGGAGGGGGAGGGGGAGGAGGUACAAAAAGGCGUCGCGGUGGCAAAAAUGAACGUGGUAAGAACAAAACACGGAGUCAAAUCCGAAACGAACGAAAUAAUCGUCGGCCACAGAAUAAUGAUCAUAAUCAAGAUGCAGAUACAAUUUGUGUAUAUUAUAUGCAAGGAAAGUGUCAUAGGGGGGACGAUUGUCCAUAUUCGCAUAAUGCUUUACCACCCAGAAAGAUGGAAUUAUGCAAGUUUUAUCUUAUGGAUUGUUGUGCUAAACGUGAUAAAUGUUUGUAUAUGCAUCACGAUUUCCCUUGCAAGUUCUUCCAUACUGGUUUGAGAUGUAAUCAGGGCGAUAAUUGUAAAUUCUCACAUCAGCCUCUGAAUGAACAGGUAAAGGGUAUUCUUUUGAAACACUUAGAAACUGCGCCAAAGGAAAUUCUUGGUGAUUUUCCAAGAUUAAGUAGAGAGGGUGCAAUAAUAAUGAUAAAUAAAACAGCACGUUCUUUGGCUCAAGGUCAAGAUAUAACAAAUCAAAAGAUUCCCAGUCUUUUCGAAUUGAAUCUAUCAGCACCUACAGAAAAAAUUGAUGAAAAAGAAGACAAAGAAGAACAAACAAGUCCACAAAAACAAGCCAACCAAGAUAAGAGGGAGAGGAAGCCUACUGGAAAAAAGACACGAUGGGGAUCCGACGAGGACAGAGUUCCCUAUGAGCAUAUUAUGCUACUACAAUCGGCAAAUGAACUUGGUCUUCAACUUCCAAAUGCUGCAUUAGGUUUAGCUACGCAACAACAAGCACAAAAACAACCUACUGCACCAUCAAAUUUCUAUAGUGAAAGAAAUGCAGAAUCAAAUAAAACUGUACAAAAAACGAAAGAAGAUUUUACAAAAGAUGUAGGAGAAGAUGAUAUACUAGACGAGUCGAAAAAGAGAAAAGAUGUUGACUUAAGGCAGUUACUGAAUGCAAAGAAACCACCGCCUGUUUAUAGUAUAGCUGAUAAAGUGGCGAGUCUUACGAAAAAUAAACUCGAUGACGAGAGUGAUCAAGAUGAAGAAGCGGAACUCGUUAUCGAAGUACCGACGGAAGAUGAGGAUAAAGAAAAAGAAAAGCAUAUUGAUAACGAGCAAAGUGAUCAAAUCCACGACGUUUACUUUUCAUCUACGGACGAACAUGAAACGGUGCCGUCUCAUUUGCCGAAAAAGGCGCAAGAGUUAUUCAUGCGAAUACAGCAGCAGCAGCGCGCAGCACAGGACAGUUUCAAAAACAUGGAUAAUGAUUCCAGCGCACGUGCCGAUCAAGUCGUCGAAGAUUGGUAUUCGGAUGAUGAAGACGAAGAUGACGACGAUGACGAUGAAGGCGGCAAUCUUACUAUAGUGGACAGUUCAAAGGAUGAGCUCGAGAUCAUCGAGAAAAACCAGAACGUCGUUGUCAAGGAAGAGAUUCCGUCGCCGCCACCCACGUCCAAUGUGCCCCAACCGGCCGCUAUCGUGGAUAAAUUAGGCGACUUGAGCAAAAUCGAUAUCAGUGCCGAAGUAUCUAAGCUAUUAUCCACUAUAAAAGCUCAAAGCUCAACGAGCAGUAAAACACAACAAACGACUAACUCGAAUCAAGACGCAUCCAAAACUAAAUCAACACAAGAUCCUAAAUCGGACAACGAAAUGUCGUCGAGUCCGAGACAAUCACCGGGAUUGAGUUCGGUUGCCGCACCAGUAUCUAGAGAUCCGCGCAUGUCCCGAGAUCCUAGGCAGCGUCGAGAAGUAGAGCAAAAGCCGAGCAGUCCAAGCAUAUCUGACGUUAAAAGGGAAUCGCAGAAACCUCUUAGAUUGGAAACUAGCAUCUAUAGUUCCGGUAUUACUGCAAUGGACGCGAAUAUGGACACCGAUCUCCGAACAAGGGCAGAUCAAGAUCUCAGACGGCAGGAUAUGGAUUUUCGGCAACGUUUUCAGACCAGCGAAUUUGGCGACACAGAUCUUCGCGUAAAAUCUGAUGUGGAUCUGCGACAGAUAUUAAGUUUACCAUUUAAACCGGCGCCUGCGCAUAAGCCAUGUACCGAGAUCGACGCGAGUAUCGCGUCGCAUCCGCCAAUGCCGUACAAAGUUUAUGUGGUGGACAUACCCAGACCAGACUAUACCGGUCUCAAACUAACGAAGGAGGAUGCGCAGGUCAAGUACGAUCCGCGUCUUCGUAAGAUCUUCCGUAUUGUUCAACCUGAACUGGCCGACUCACCGAUGUCGCCGCCACCGAUCAAGCAGGAGACACCAAAAUCGCCACCACAAUGUACAAUUCGUAUGGAUCCACGACGGAAGACGCUCGAGGCAGCUGCUUCAAAUCAACAGUCCUCGCAAAACGCAAUCAACGCUUCCAAAGGAAUGCAGCCGCAACCGAUGGAAGCUAUGGGUCCCAAUAUGGGUCUUAAUUCGGCCGGUAUGCAAGUAGGACCGCCCGGUAUGCCUGGACCACCACCCGGCGGCAUGCCAGGCCCGCAGAACAUGAUGGGACCGAUGGGUCCAAAUUACCCGAUGAAUAUGGGCCCCAUGAGACCCAUGAUGAACCCCGGAUCUAUGCCGCCGCCCAUGGGAAUGCCACAUGGUGCCGGCGGGAUGGGUAUGAACGGACCCGUCCCGAUGCCGUCCCAGAAUCAGAUGAAUUUCGAUCCGCGUUUCAAUGUGCAGCGUAACAACGGAGCUGGACUGUUGGGUCCCGCGCCUGUUCCUUCUUACGAAGGAGGUCCUCCUUAUCCUCCAUGUCCUAGCAGCUACAAUAAUUUUGGAGGACCUGGCGGCGGCGGAACUAGCGAGUCCGGCAUGAUGGGAUUCAAUCCAAAUGGAUCAAACGGGCCCAGCUUUGGACCGAUGGGAGAUGAUUGGGGUCCGGGCAGCAAUAGACAGCGUGGCGGUCGUAUUCGCCGAAGGAACCGUAAUAGGACCAAUAUAGUGACUAAUAAUUGAAAAAAACAGCAAGAGAAAUGAAUAUAUAUAUAGACUGAACACCUGAUAAUAAUUCUCACGAGCGAUCAAACUGCAUAUAUGCAUGUGUAUUAUACAUAUAUACAUACAUACAUAUAUAUGCAACAUGCUCGAGUGUAUAUUGGAGUCUUUCCAGUUAAUUUUGAUGGUAUCGCUAUAAAAUUUAUAGAUUUA